AAAGACCUGGAAAUAUUGACCAGAGACAAACCCCAGGGGCAGUUUUUCUUUCAUCAAAGCAAUAACAGAAUCAAUCAGAAUCCUAUGACUCCUAAAACAAAUUGGCCUCCAAAAGCUGAAUUGCAAACUCAAAAUGAUGUAAGGUCCAAGUGGCAAUCUGAGAGCAGGCCCUGAAUGUGAGAAAUAUGGGUCUGGGGUUGCUAGAUGUUCUGGUUUCUCAAGAAAAUUGAUUUUAUAGGAACUCUCCUAAUUUUUAAGUGUUAAAAACUAAGUUUUAAAAAAAUUAAACCCUUGUGAGCACACACAGCACACCCAUGGGGUGAGACAGGGGCCAGUUGUACCUGUCUUGCUGAGUGAAGUGGGUGCACCCCAGAGGACUCUAAUGGGCCAAAGGUGGGGAACAUGGGAAUGUUUCCAGGAGGAAUCUUUCCAGAAUCUGACUACAGGGCUGGCCUUCACCCCUUUCCUGACAUCCAUCUCCUGUGCCCUGCCCAGCCCAGGAGAAAUGGGUUCCCUGCCCCAGAAAGUGAAACACAGUCUCUAUUCUUCCAUUUGGGGUGCCUUAGUUCUCUGGGUCUGAGGGGGAAGACAGAGAUUACGUGGUGGAGUAUGAAGCCACCAUGGAAGUCUGAGAGUUUGAGACCCAAUGGGUAGCUGGGUCAGACCCCUUUGUACCUCUAUCCCUAGCCUUGAGAAGGAGUUGAGGGGAGGGUGUCUGGAAAAAUCAGAUAAGCCCAUCCAUAUCUUUCCAAGGUGUGAGGCAUGAGGGGUAGAGGUGGAUAGAAAGGAGUUCCCAGGACUCUCUGGUUCCUAAGUUUGCCCUUAAGGAGGGAGAACUCCAUGCCAGUCUUGAAAGGUGGGGGGGAGGUGGGAAACAGGGGGACCUGCUGACCAGUCUGGGAGCCUUAAGUCAAAUCCAAGGAGAUCUCCACGGAGACACCUAUAAAACCUUCAGAAGCUCUGUGUGCUGAAAAAGACCAUCGUGUUCCUUCACUCAGCAAAGUGCCCUUCAUUUUGUGAGGACAGCUGCAAUGCUGUCUUUGAAAUGUCCAAUAUCAAAAUCCUUCCACAAGGUGCAUUUUCCCAUUUUGGCGCCCUUGCUUGGCGUGUGUCACGAGUACGUAUCGGGUAAAGCGAUCCUGAGCCGGCAGUGCAUAUCUGAGAGUUACCUCCUGGCCAAGAACAGGUGCAGCCUGGCUUGGGACCCCAGACCCGGAACCCUCCAAGCUGGGAACCCUGUAGGGCAGCAGCUGCGAGGGGAACGGGAUCUGGGAGGGACUUCCUGUUGUCCCUAAUCCCAGUCUCCACCCGGCUCCCCGCGCCCAGUGUAGGCUGCGGAGACUCCCUUCCCCGGGGGAGGGGGCCCCGCUGCCCGAGGUGUCCCCUCCACCUCCGCCUCCGCCUCCACCUCGGUGAGAGGGGGGCUGGGAGGGCACCUGGAUCCCGACACCCUCGCGGGUGGCCAGCUGGCAGGAGGGGACGGGGUCAAAGGUGGAAGGCUACGGGCUGGCGGGGAGAAGGAGGCCUGGACCCGGGUUCGGGAAGAGGAAGGACAUCAUCUGUCCAGGACCGUGAGCAGGAUGGACACCCGGCGCGGGCGGGUGGUUGCAACCGCAGGGAGGGCUGCUGAGAGCGGGCAGCUCAAUUUCUGGAUCCCAGGCGGGACCGAGUCAGGUCGAGCGCAGGGUGUGUGUGUGUCCUGGGCCCGGGAGACAGCGGGGCCUGGAUUCUUCUGCGGAGCUGACUGUGGUGGGCGGGGCCCCACCCAGCAUCUGUUUUGUAGGAUCACUGCAGAUCUUCCGGCUCCUGAUGACAGGAAAUACAGCUUCCAACUCUCCCUGGCUUUCCCUAACCCAGUUGCUCUGAAAUUCAGAGUUCUUGCUUCAGCGAUAAAGGGGAUAAUACAAAAUAGCAUUCUGUCAAAGUGAGGGACCAAAAAGCAGCAUAGAGAAUGAGGCCGUUGGAGCGCAUCUGGGAGGCUUUAUUUCUGAUUGGGACCAGGAAUGGGUCUGGUCCUGCAUGGAAAUUUGGGGAGCUUGAAAUGUCCAAGAGAUGCUGGCUGAUUUCCUCCUGUUCUUCCAGACUCCUGGCCAGAAGCUAGCGGGGGCUUGGGCAACAAGAGCAAGAAACAACUCAGCUGUGCUUUCUAGCUCUGGGAUAGAAAAUGUCUACAGGCGGAGGAGGCAUCUGGGCUACCCAGGACAAGGAGAGAGCCCGAGAGAUUUCAGGUCAUGGGCAUUCUUGUCAAGAAAUGCUUUCCAAGUCGGAGGAGACAGUGCCUUUGGGAGCCGCUCAGGAGUCACCCCACAUCAAGAUGGAGCCAGAAGAGUCACACCCUGAUGGGGCGUCACAGGAGGCCAGAGCUCAAGGAGUGCAGGGCUGGAUGCCCCUAAGCCAGGGCUCUAAAGAGAAAGUGCAUUUCCUGCCUGGUGGAGCCCUCCCCUCCCCCCAGAUCCCUGUACUUUCCCAGGAGGGGAGGACCAGAGACCGGCAGAUGGCUGCGGCACUCCUCACUGCCUGGUCCCAGAUGCCUGUGACCUUUGAGGACGUGGCUCUGUACCUCUCCCGUGAGGAGUGGGGACAGCUGGACCACACACAGCAGAGCUUCUACAGGGAUGUCCUGCAGAAGAGGAACGGGCUGUCCUUUGGGUUUCCCUUCAGCAGACCUUUCUGGGCCUCUCAAGUGCAGGGCAAGGGCGAGGCCUCAAGCUCCAGCCGACAGACGGGAGAUGAGGAGAGGAGAGGAGCCAUGGAGGUGGGGAAGGAGGAGCUGGCCCCAUCUCUGGCAGCCCUCAGGGAUGUGAAGUCCUUCAGAGGCAGGGUGGAGAGAGCCCAGGGGGACGCCCUGCAGUACGGGCAGCCAGUGGCCAGCAGGCAGAGCCCAGGGCCAGCCAAAGACGGUGUGCAGCCCGCUCCCUUGGAGGAGGGACAGCCCAAACCAGCCCCGCCUGACAAUGGCCUCCCAAAGGCCCAGGAGGGUGGCUUCCCAGAGCGACCCAGAAACCAGGAGACCACCGCCCCUGAGAGCAGCGAGGAGGGCCUGGCUGUCGACGGCGACGCGGACAAGAAGACCUACACGUGCGAGCAGUGCGGCAAGGGCUUCAGCUGGCACUCCCACCUGGUGACACACCGGCGCACACACACGGGGGAGAAGCCCUACGCCUGCACGGACUGCGGCAAGCGCUUCGGCCGCAGCUCGCACCUCAUCCAGCACCAGAUCAUCCACACCGGCGAGAAGCCCUACACCUGCCCCUCCUGCUGGAAGAGCUUUAGCCACCACUCGACGCUGAUCCAGCACCAGCGCAUCCACACGGGCGAAAAGCCCUACGUGUGCGACCGCUGCGCCAAGCGCUUCACCCGCCGCUCGGACCUGGUCACCCAUCAGGGCACCCACACGGGUGCCAAGCCACACAAGUGCCCCAUCUGCGGCAAGUGCUUCACGCAGAGCUCGGCCCUCGUCACCCACCAGCGCACCCACACUGGGGUCAAGCCCUACCCAUGCCCCGAGUGCGGCAAGUGCUUCAGCCAGCGCUCCAACCUCAUCGCCCACAACCGCACGCACACCGGCGAGAAGCCCUACCACUGCCUCGACUGUGGCAAGAGCUUCAGCCACAGCUCGCACCUGACCGCCCACCAGCGCACCCACCGCGGGGUCCGGCCCUACUCCUGCCCGCUGUGCGGCAAGAGCUUCAGCCGCCGCUCCAACUUGCACCGGCACGAGAAGAUUCACACGGCGGGGCCCAAGGCCCUGGCCAUGCUGAUGCUGGGGGCGGCCGGGGCGCUGGCCUCACCCCCACCAGCUCCCACCUAGGAGGCUAGGAGGGAGGGGCCAGGUGAUGGGAGCAGAGGAGGGAGGGAGAGGAGCAGCUGGGGGGGUGUGGCCUGGUGAGGCCCAGGAAGGGAGCCGGGAGGUGCUGGCAUGGGGGUGGGGCGCGGCAAACACAGGAGGAUCUAGGGUGAGGAGCAGGCAUGCUGGCCACAAAUUAAAGGCCUUGGAAUUCAA